AUGGAUAUCUGCAAACCUGUAGGUUCAGAAAUCACUUCUGUAGAUUUCGAGAUCUUGUCCUCUGACCAGAUCCGUAAUCUAUCGGCUAAACAAAUUACAAAUCCCACUGUCUUAGAUAAUUUAGGACAUCCUAUCUCAGGUGGUCUUUAUGAUUUGGCUUUGGGUGCAUUUUUAAGAAAUCUAUGUUCCACUUGUGGUCAAGAUGAAAAAUUUUGUCCUGGUCACCAAGGGCACAUUGAAUUACCUGUCCCAUGUUACAAUCCUUUAUUUUUCAAUCAAUUAUUUAUUUAUUUGAGAUCUUCAUGCUUAUAUUGCCAUCAUUUCCGUUUGAAAUCCUUAGACACUCAUCUAUAUUCUUGUAAAUUGAAAUUACUUCAAUAUGGUUUAAUUGAUGAAUCUUACAAAAUUGAAUCAAUCACUGUGAAAGGGGCCACUAUUUAUAGUGACAAUGAAGAUGACGAUGAAGCAAUUGAAGUCAAUUCCUUGAAUGCCUCUAAAACAAACUCAAAAGAAUCAAACAAAGUAACCAAUGCUUUCAAUAAUGAAUUGAAACAAAAAAGAAAGGAGUAUGUCAACAUUGCAAUUGCUAAAGCUUUAUCCGAAGGUAAAACUACAUUGAGAGGUACUUUCACUGCUAUUGUCAAUGAUGAAAGAAAAAAGUUAAUUCAAGAUUUCCAUAAAAGAUUGUUAUCAAGAGGAAAAUGUGAUAACUGUGGAAUGUUUUCUCCUAAAUUCAGAAAAGAUGGAUUUACUAAGAUUUUUGAAAAUGCUUUGUCUGAUAAAAAUUCUGUGUACAACCAAGCUAAAGGCUUUGCUCGUAAAGAUAUGAUUAAGAAAGCUCAACAAGCAAGAACUCUAAAUGGUGACUCAAUUGACGAAAAUGAAGAAAUUGAAACCUUUGAUAUUGGUAGAAACCCCUCCACAAAACCAAAGACAGGUUCAACCUAUAUCUUAUCUACUGAAGUUAAAGCUAUUUUAAAUGCUGUUUUCAGAAAGGAACAACAAGUGCUACAAUAUGUUUUCCAUGCAAGACCAAACUUGUCCAAAAAAUUAGUUAAGCCAGAUGCUUUUUUUAUGGACGUUAUUGUCGUUCCUCCAACAAGAUUUAGAUUACCAUCCAAGUUAGGUGACGAAGUCCAUGAAAAUACUCAAAAUCAAUUGUUAUCCAAAAUUUUGACUACUUCCUUAUUAAUCAGAGAUUUAAAUGAUGAAAUGUCAAAGUUACAAAAAGAUAAAGUCUCUUUGGAAGAUAGAAGGGUUAUCUUUAGUAGAUUGAUGAAUGCUUUUGUUACUAUUCAAAAUGAUGUUAACUCCUUUAUUGAUUCAUCUAAAGCUCAAGGUAAUACUGGCGGAAACGAUGUGAUACCUGGUGUCAAACAAGCUUUAGAAAAGAAAGAAGGUUUAUUCAGAAAACAUAUGAUGGGUAAGCGUGUUAAUUAUGCAGCUCGUUCUGUUAUUUCUCCAGAUCCAAAUAUUGAAACAAAUGAAAUUGGUGUUCCACCAGUUUUUGCCGUUAAAUUGACUUAUCCAGAACCAGUUACAUCAUACAAUAUUGCAGAAUUACGUCAAGCAGUUAUUAAUGGUCCAGAUAAAUGGCCGGGUGCUAUUCAAAUUCAAAAUGAGGAUGGUACACUAGUUUCUUUAAUCGGUAUGACUUUAGAGCAACGUAAGGCUUUGGCAAAUCAACUGAUGACCCCAUCCUCAAACUCUUCGAGUCAUGUUUUAAACAAGAAGGUCUACCGUCAUAUCAAAAACAGAGAUAUUGUUAUAAUGAAUCGUCAACCAACAUUACAUAAAGCUUCUAUGAUGGGACAUAAAGUAAGAGUUUUACCGGGUGAGAAAACUUUGCGUUUACAUUAUGCUAAUACUGGUGCUUAUAAUGCCGAUUUUGAUGGUGAUGAAAUGAAUAUGCAUUUUCCUCAAAAUGAGAAUGCAAGGGCAGAAUCUUUAUUUUUAGCUAAUACAGAUUCUCAAUAUUUAACCCCAACUUCCGGUUCACCAGUUAGAGGUUUAAUUCAAGAUCAUAUUUCUGCUGGUGUUUGGUUAACUAAUAAAGAUAGUUUCUUUACAAGAGAGCAAUAUCAACAAUAUAUUUAUGGUUGUAUUCGUCCAGAAGAUGGCCAUGCUACUAGAGCUAAGAUUGUGACUUUGCCUCCAACUAUUUUUAAGCCAAUUCCUCUAUGGACGGGGAAGCAAAUUAUCACUACUGUUUUAUUAAAUAUUACACCAUCAGACAUGCCUGGUAUUAAUUUACAUUCCAAGAAUAAGAUUAAAAAUGAAUACUGGGGCAAAGGUUCUAACGAAAAUGAAGUCAUUUUCAAAGAUGGUGCUUUACUCUGUGGUAUCUUAGAUAAAAAUCAAUAUGGUUCCUCUAAAUAUGGUAUCGUCCAUUCCCUACAUGAAUUAUAUGGUCCAGACGUUGCUGCUAAAGUUUUAUCUGUUUUAGGUAGAUUAUUCACAAAUUAUAUUACUGCAACCGCCUUCACUUGUGGUAUGGAUGAUUUACGUUUAACUGAUGAAGGUAAUAAAUGGAGAAGGGAUAUCUUAAAGACAUCUGUUGAUACUGGUCGUCAAGCUGCCGCCGAAGUUACUAAUUUAUCGAAAGACACUCCUGCUGAUGACCCUGAAUUAUUGAAACGUUUAGAAGAAAUUUUACGUGACGAUAACAAGUCUGGCAUUUUAGAUGCAGUUACAUCUUCCAAAGUUAAUGCUAUUACCUCAAAGGUUGUUUCAACUUGUGUUCCAGGUGGUACUAUGAAAAAGUUUCCUUACAACUCAAUGCAAGCUAUGGCUUUAUCUGGUGCUAAAGGGUCAAAUGUUAAUGUUUCCCAAAUUAUGUGUUUACUAGGCCAACAAGCUUUAGAAGGUAGAAGAGUACCAACUAUGGUGAGUGGUAAAACUUUACCAUCAUUCAAACCUUAUGAGACAGAUGCCAUGGCUGGUGGUUAUAUUAAGGGCCGUUUCUACUCUGGUAUUAAACCACAAGAAUACUAUUUCCAUUGUAUGGCUGGUCGUGAAGGUUUAAUUGAUACUGCCGUUAAAACAUCGAGAUCUGGUUAUUUACAACGUUGCUUGACGAAACAAUUAGAAGGUGUUCAUAUUUCUUAUGAUAAUACUGUUAGAGAUGGUGAUGGUACUUUAAUCGAAUUUUUAUAUGGUGGUGAUGCCGUUGAUGUUACUAAGGAAUCCUAUAUGACACAAUUUAAAUUCUGUUUGGAAAAUUAUGAUGGGUUGGUUAAAAAAUACAACCCAUCUGCAUUAAUUGAGCAUCUAAAUGUUGAAUCUGCUUUAAAAUAUUCUAAGAAAGCUUUGAAAUAUAGAAAGAAGCAUUCCUCAGUUCCUCAUUAUCUACAGAACUCCAAAUACGAUCCUGUUCUAGCAAAGUAUAACCCAUCUAAAUAUUUGGGUUCCGUCUCAGAGAAGUUUCAAGAUAAAUUAGAAGAGUUCUUAAAUGAAAAUUCAAAAUUGGUUAAAUCAACUGAAGGUGUUAAUGAGAAGAAAUUCAGAGCAUUAAUGCAACUGAAAUACAUGCGUUCAUUAAUCGACCCUGGUGAAUCUGUUGGUAUCAUUGCCUCUCAAUCUGUCGGUGAACCUUCAACUCAAAUGACUUUGAAUACAUUCCAUUUCGCUGGUCAUGGUGCAGCUAAUGUUACUUUAGGUAUACCUCGUAUGAGAGAAAUUAUUAUGACUGCCUCUUCUUCUAUUAAAACUCCUCAAAUGAAUUUGCCAAUAUUAAAUGAUGUUUCUAAUCAACAAGCUGAAACCUUCUGUAAAUCUAUCACCAAAGUAUUACUUUCUCAAGUCACUGAUAAAGUUACAGUUACAGAAACUACUAGUUCAACCGCUAAUUCAUCGGACGCUCGUGCUUAUGUUAUACAUAUGCAAUUUUUUGAUGAAGAAGAAUACAGUGAAGAAUACGAUAUUUCUAAGGAAGAACUUCAAUCUGCUAUUUCUGAUAAAUUCUUACACUUACUAGAAGUUGCUAUUAUUAAGAAAAUUAAAACCCAUAAUAGAUCAGCUAAAGCAGAUAUUGGUAUUCCUGUUCCAAAGUCUCAAACUACUCUUGCUGCAGUUGAAGGUGAUAAAAUGGACAGUGAUAAUGAAGAAGAAGAAUCCCGUAAGAAGGCUAAACAAUCGGAUUCCUAUGAUGAUCCAGAUGAGGACGAAAUUGAAACUAUGAGGGAAGCAGAGAAAUCCUCUGAUGAAGAAGCCUUUGAAUCUGAUAAAGAAUCUGAAUCUGAUGAGGAUAUGGAUGAUGAUGAUGAUGUUGACUCUGACUUUACCGAAUCUAAAUUUAAUUUGAAUGAAUCACAACUAAAUCGUCAAUCAGCUAUUAUCUCUCGAAAUAAAUUUAUUGCAAAGUAUAAUUUUGAUGACUCAAAGGGUAAAUGGUGUGAAUUUAGAUUAGAAUUGGCUGCAGAAACAGAAAAAUUGUUAAUGGUGAAUAUUGUUGAAGAUGUCUGUAGAAAAUCUGUUAUUAGAGAAGUUCCAAAUAUUGAACGUUGUGUUUAUCCAGAGGCCAAUAAUGGUGAUCGCUCUUUAAUUACUGAGGGUGUUAAUUUCCAGGCCAUGUGGGAUCAAGAUACUUUUAUUGAUGUUGAUAAAAUUACUUCAAAUGAUGUUUCCGCUGUUUUGAGAACUUAUGGUGUUGAAGCAGCUAGAAAUACCAUUGUUAACGAAAUAGAUCGUGUUUUCUCUACAUAUGCUAUUUCUGUUUCUUCCCGUCAUUUAGAUUUAAUUGCUGAUAUGAUGACUAGACAAGGGACUUAUUUAGCUUUUAACAGACAAGGUAUGGAAACUUCUACUUCUUCCCUAAUGAAAAUGUCAUACGAAACUACUUGUCAAUUUUUAACCAAAGCUGUCUUGGACAAUGAACAUGAAGAAUUAAACAGUCCAUCGGCUAGAAUUGUUCUUGGUAAAUUAAACAAUGUCGGUACUGGCUCCUUCGAUAUUUUAGCGAAGGCAUCCAAUAACAAUUAA